AUGCUGACCUGUUGUCCAACACUACAGUCAUAUUCACUACCCUAUAAGUACCUCAUCUCUCCCGUCUUUUCUCUCAUCUCAAUCCUGUUUUUCUUCUCUAGAUUACUCACGCUACAUUGCUUAAUUUCUAUUCUUUCUUUUGUGAGAUUUUCAAGAACAAAAUUAAUGGCCAUCUUUCUUUGCUUUCUUUUCUUGAUUAUCUCCUCUGCUACUGCUUGUGAUCGUUGCGUCCACCAAUCUAAGGUUGCAUAUUUCUCCAAAGCCUCUGCACUUUCAUCUGGGGCAUGUGGAUAUGGCUCCACGGCAAUAGGAUUUAAUAGUGGAUACCUUGCAGGUGGUGUUUCUUCUCUUUACAAAGAUGGAGCUGGAUGUGGUGCUUGUUUUCAGAUAAGAUGCAAAAACGCAGCUUUAUGUAGUAGCAAAGGGACCAGAGUGAUCUUGACUGAUCUGAAUCAUAAUAACCGAACAGACUUUGUUCUUAGUAGCAGAGCCUUCACGGCCAUGGCCAAAAAGGGUAUGGGUCUGGACGUUUUGAGACUUGGGAUUGUGGACGUGGAAUAUAAAAGGGUGCCUUGUGAGUACAAAAAUCAGAAUUUGGCUGUUCGAGUAGAAGAAUCAAGCAAAAACCCAAAUUAUUUGGCCAUUAAAUUGCUGUAUCAAGGUGGUCAGACGGAAGUGGUAGCCAUUGACUUUGCUAAGGUUGGUUCUUCAAAUUGGGGUUUCAUGAGCCGGAAUCAUGGGGCAGUAUGGGACUCAGACAGAGUUCCAGCAGGGGCACUUCAAUUCAGAUUUGUAAUAACAGCAGGAUUUGAUGGAAAGUGGAUUUGGGCUCAGAAUGUCUUGCCUGAAAAUUGGAAGCCUGGGAUGACAUAUGACGCCGGAGUCCAAAUUACCGAUAUUGCACAAGAGGGUUGCUCUCCAUGUGACGAUGGGAAUUGGAAAUGA